AGAACAAUCGAUGACAUCCGUGUUGCGUGGCGGCCGGCAUUGUUGAGCCUUGUUAUCAUAAUGGUUGAUACGGACGAAAUCAAGGAUGUAUUCUGGAUCCUUGCUGGUAUUGCCACGGCCUUUAAAACACUUCUCUUUCCCGCCUACUACUCCACAGACUUUGAGGUGCAUCGUAACUGGUUGGCCAUUACUCACAGUCUGCCAAUGAAUCGUUGGUAUCUAGAUACCACAAGUGAAUGGACGCUAGAUUAUCCCCCAUUCUUUGCCUACUUUGAGUGGCUGCUGUCGCAGGUGGCUCAGUUUGUGGAUCCGGCCAUGUUAAGGGUGCAGAAUCUAAACUAUGCCUCUCAAAAGACGGUCUACUUCCAGCGUAUCUCAGUGGUAGUCAUGGAUGGCGUCUAUAUGCUGGGUGCUAGAAGCUGCCUAAACGCACUUGGCGUAGAUCGACACAGUCAACAGAGCGUGGCCGGUUCUUUAAUAUUGAUCUUCAAUGUGGGCCUGAUCUUUGUGGAUCACAUCCACUUCCAGUACAAUGGCUUUCUCUUUGGCAUACUUCUGCUAAGUUUGAGCUGUUUAUUCCGUCAGCGUUACCUGUGGAGCGCUUUUACAUUUGCUGUCCUUUUGAAUUUCAAACACAUCUUCCUCUACAUGGCUCCGGCUUUUGCUGUAUACUUUUUAAAAUAUCAUUGCUUGCAGCAACAACAAACAAUGGCCAAACUCCGAGCAUUCAGUCAGCUUCUGAUGGUUGGCCUUUUGCCAUUUCUGCUGUCUUUGGGACCGUUUUGGCGACAAAUACCUCAAUUAAUGAGCCGUCUAUUCCCAUUUAAACGCGGCUUGACCCACGCCUAUUGGGCCCCCAAUCUGUGGGCACUUUAUAAUGCAGCAGAUAAGGUGACUGGAAGUCUUCUUGGUCGCUCCGCAGAGGGUCCCACCACAACUUCAGGUCUAGUCCAGGAAACCGAAUACGCGGUCCUCCCGACAAUAACACCGCCUGUGACAUUUGCUUUGACGUUAAUCUUUAUGUUGCCCAUUCUUUGGAAGCUCUUCCAAACCAAAUCCGAGAUACAAGCGCCAGUGGUGUUCCUCCGUGCCGUUGUACUUUGUGCUUGUUCAUCGUUCGUUUUCGGAUGGCAUGUCCACGAAAAAGCCAUUCUUAUGUGCCUUAUUCCUUUGUGCUUGAUCACAAUCCUCUGUGAACAGGAUGCGAAAUGGGGCUAUAUCUUGGCCAUUGCUGGGUACUACUCCUUGUUUCCACUGCUCUUUGAAGUUGACUUGCUUGUCCCACGGUACUCUCUUUAUUUGGCCUAUGUGGCUAUGAUGUAUGGUCAAGUGCGUCGCCUUUAUCCCACAUUCCAAGCCUAUUGUUUUCUCGAAUGGGCAUAUUUCCUAGGAUUCAUUGCCAUUCCCAUAUACGAGCAUAUUGUGAGUCGUAUUUUGGGUCUGCAUCUCCGUCUGCCGUUUUUGCCACUUCUCUUGACCUCCGUCUAUUCUGCUCUGGGUGUACUCUAUUUCUAUGUGCGCUAUUAUGUUUAUGCCAUGGAAUUGAACACUUGGUUCAAGCAACAGCCCCUCAAAUCCCAGAAGAAAACACAGAAGAAACGUAAAACCAAAACGAAAGCACAAUAAACCAAAGUAUUAAAAAAAAGCAAAGAUAACAGAGUAAUGUCUGUCAGAAUAUUCUCAAAUUUUAUCAAUCCUGAACAAUGAAGCCGAAUCGUUACCAUA